GCGAUUUACAAGCAACUACUCCAGCGACUCACGCACACCAGCCGACUGCGGGAUGAAUUGCGUGAUGAGGUGCAGCGUCUGCAGUCGACAUGCAAAGAGGCACUUCACGAGCGAGCCGCAUUGAUGCAGUCGGUAGAUGCACAGCGGGAGGCGCUCGAGCCUCUUGUAAAGGAAGCGGACGAUGUCGCCCGUGCUGUGGAGAUGGUGCGGGCCACGCUGCGUACAUACGGCAGCCAUAAGGAUGAUAAGGAAGGGGAGAAAACCGCAAGCCUCCGUUUGACAGAUCUCCUGCAUGGUGUGGACGCGUGGUCCUUUGAGGAAAAACGUGCGAUGCGACGCGUCACCGCACUUUUGAGCAGCUGCAUUGGCGUAGAGGACGAUUGCAUCAAAACGGCAGAUUGUGGGAGGCUGCGGAGUGUAGAGGAGGCGGUUCGUUUUUACCAAACAUGGAACGACGCCCUGAUGCGAUCUCUUGGCGACUUUUCACGCGAGAUGAAUGGAAGGCGGGAGGGGCUUUACGCACGCAUCGAUGAGUUGAAGCGGUUCAGGACGACCCAACAAAUGAAUGGGGCCGAGGGCAAUUGA